CCAAUCAGAAGCUGCGCGGUGGUGGGAAAUGGAGGAAUUUUAAACAGCAGCUUUUGCGGAGCUGAAAUUGACCGAGCUGACUUUGUGUUUCGGUUGAAUUUACCUCCAUUGAACUGGACCAAUGACGUGGGGACAAAGACUGAUGUCGUCAUUGCAAACCCAAGCAUCUUAAUGAAUACGUUCAACAGUCUUAUGGAAAGGAGGAAACCGUUCAUCCUUAAGAUGAAGGAGUAUGGCUCUGCUUUAAUCAUCCUACCAGCAUUCUCUUACUUGCAAAAAAACACAGCGGUCUCGCUUCGUGCGCUGUACACCAUCAAUGACUUUGACUUGAACAGCAGAAUUGUCUUCUUCCACCCGGACUAUCUCAGGAGCCUCACAUCUUACUGGAAACAUAUGGGAAUCAAGUCUCUUCGGCUGUCUUCCGGUCUUAUGUUGAUGAGUGCAGCUGUUGAAAUUUGUGAUAAAGUGACGCUCUAUGGCUUCUGGCCCUUUUCCCAAGACUUGGACGGAGUUCCUAUUCUUCACCACUAUUAUGACAAUGCUCUUCCAAAGCCCAACGUCCACUCAAUGCCCGAGGAAUUUUAUCUUUACCUACAAAUGCACAUUAAAGGGUCUCUUCGCCUGAACCUGGGACGAUGCUAA